CGGGAGCUCCUGCCCUUCGCCGUCCACAGUGCACCGCUUCCCUUCGUUGAGCCUCCAACAAACGGCUGCCCUUCGCUCACUUCUCCGCAGCGCUUUCGCACACCCCGUCGCGCCCCGGUUCCCUGCGUCCCACCAGAGCUCGCCCCUCCCAUUCUCCCAUCCCAUCUCGCCCACACCGCAGCCCCUUCGCCUGCACCACACACUUCCCCCCCUCGCCCCCGGCGCAUCCUCCAGGCCGACGACCGCCCCCCUCGCCGCGUCCUCGACGUCGGCCUCGCCGUUGUCCUCCAGAUCGACUCUCGACGUCCUCGACGCGCCGUCAAAGGCACCCCCUCGCCGUCCUCGAGAUCGACACUCGACGUCGCCCCCGGCGUCGCCUCCGGAUUGACCCCCUGCGUGUCCUCGAGGUCGGCCCCCUCGGCGCUCGAGGUCGACCCCCUCAGCGUCCUCGAGCUCGACGUCGGCCCCCGGCGUCCUCGGCGUGUCUUCGAGCUCGGCCUCGCGGUGUUGUCGAGACAGACCCUCGCUAAGUCCUCGAGCUCGACUAUCGCCAAGCUCUCGAAAUCGACCCCCGACGCGCCGUCGAGAUAG